UAGGCCAUUGCCUCGCCCUUUUUAACGCCAAUCUUCUCCUCUCCUAUUCAUUCCUAUCCCAACACCAAAUCAAAUAAUCAUACUUACAGUUCUCGUACUUACCCACAAAGAAAAGAAAGAAAACACGAGGAGAUCUUGUUGACUUUGGUACCUUCUUGAAACAUUAGCAUCAAUGGCAUCUGAGCAAUCCAGGAGAGAGAGCGCUACAAGUGAGAGAGAGAAUUAUGUGGAGAGAGAAAGAGUCCCAAAAAUGGCUAGCCAUUUUGAGUCUUUGAUAGAGAAAACAAAAGAAUCAGUCGUCGAAGAAAACAUCGGUGAAGGUGGCAAUGAAACGGGAGCCCAGUACUUUGAGUCUCUUGCUGACAAAAUGAGAGGAGCUGGGACGGAUGUUUCUAGUGAUAAAGAAAGGGAAAGAAGAGAAGAAGAACAAGAACAAGUGGAAGGGGGUGGAAAAGAAACCGAAGGCAAACAAGAGGCGAAUGGUAGUGAUCGAAACAAAGAGCAACAACUUUCUCUCGAUGAAAUAACGAAGUUAAGAGAAACGGCGCAAAAAAAUUCGUUCGAGGCUUUAAAUGCAGCUGAAGAAAGAUAUGAGAAAGCAAAAGAGAAGGCAAGCCGAGUUGUGGGUUCUGCAACUAAGACUGUGAAAGAGAAAUUUCCUCAAGCAAAAAACACUUUUGCUGAGAAGGCUGCACAACCUAAAGACAUUGCUGCGGAGAAGGCCGCACAAGUCAGAGACAUUGCUGCACAGAAGGCCGCACAGACAAAGGACAUUACUGCACAGAAGGCCGCACAAGCAAAGGACACUCUAGUUGAAGGGGCUCAAAAAACUACCCAUUAUAUCGCAGAGAAGGGAGCACAAGCAAAAGACACCAUUGUUGAAGGUGCUAAGAAAACUUCAGAGUAUGUUGUAGAGAAGAGCAAAGGGGCCAUGGGUUAUACAGUAGAGAAGGCAGUAGCAGCUAAAGAUGUGACUGUGGAAAGUGGCAAAGAGGCCGCUUGUUAUGUAGAGAAAGUGGCCGUGGAUGUGAAAGACAAGGCCGCUGCAGCUGGAUGGACUGCUGCUCAUUACACAACUGAAAAAGCUGUGGAGGGGACUAAGGCAGCCGCGAGGGCAGUAGAGUAUGCUGGUCAGAAGACUACCGAGCUUGCAGGGAAGCCAUUGGGUGCUGCUAAAGAUACUGCUGCGUCUACUGGUGAAAGUAUCAAGGAGUAUACAGCUAGGAAGAAAGAGGAGGCCGAGAGAGAAAUUGAGGCUCGAAAAGCUGCAGAAGGACAGAGGAGUUUCCAGGGAGGAGAAUUCAGGGAAGAAUCACAAGUUCAUGCAACAGGAGGUCAAGGAGCAGAGGAAGGGAACGUCCCAAAGAAAGUCGCCCCAGAAGGCGACGAACAAGAAGAACAAUAUUGGCGGCGGCAGCAGCGACAAGAAGGAAGCAGCUUACUGGGCGCCAUUACCGAAACUAUAGUGGAGAUUGCUCAAGCAACCAAAGAUCUAGUUAUUGGGCAAGACCCACCUGGAGCUGGGAAGAAGGGUGGCUAUGAGGCAAGCCAUUUGGAGUAUGGGAAGCAAGAAGAACAUUAAAGAAGAAUAUAAGAGGAAGUUCUUAACUCCGCUGAAAUCGAGUGAAAGAUGAAGAUGUCUCCUGGGCUUUUGUCGAGUGGUUGAUGUUGUGUCUAAAUCUAUAGUUUGUUUUUGUGCUAUUGGGAGUGUUGAAUAAUUUUGAACAUCGCUCUGCAUUCAGUGCAGUCAUGUUUCAAUAAUAUACUUGACUUGAUGACCAUGCUUUUCUCUUUUGAGGUAGGAUUUUCCCCCUUUCUCGAUUUAAAUUCUUCCACAUUACAAGCAGAGGAAACUAGUUUGUUGCAGCAGAUUUUGGAGAUGAACAUCCAAGGUUGACACUGUUGGGUCCAAAAACGUUGAGCCAUUUUUAAUCGUAUGUUAAUUGAGUUAUAAUUAAUUUUUUUUGUCUUUUA